UCACACACGUGGUCUCGGAAGGGAAUCACUGUAGUAUAAAAGUUUCUACUCACUGCACGCAAAACACUAAUAUCCAAUAUCUUCCAAUGUGAAUUCCUUCAUUCAUGGUGAAACACCACGAUGAUAAGAAAAACUACUAAAUUGUAGUGUUUCAGGGAACGCUAUCGUCCAGCAGUUUUUGUAGCAACAAACUUCGACUGAACUGAAUUGAGUAGCAAAUCGUAAUUUUUCAGUAGCAACCGAUACAUUUUGUGCAGCAUUAUUUUGCUCUGCUAUACAAGGGAAAUCGUACCCUGUGUUCAAUACAAUGGCAUGGAAACAACUUGUAUAUUUACUCCUGAUCUUCACGCAGGUUAUCCUUACGAUGGCCAGUGACCAUGCUAAGGGUGAUUUGGGGAUACCCAUGCCGCCCAAAAACGCUCCUUUACGGCGACAGGCACGAGGAGCUACUGGUACUCGAAAUGGUGUAUUUCCUGUAACCAAAAGCAACAUAACCGUUGGCGUGUGCAGCGACAAACACCUUUGUAGUAGCCUUGGCUGUCAGCCAAUGCUAGAUUUCUAUGGCGAACCGCCAAACCUGUGCAAUUGUGACACAGACUGUGUCUUCUUCGACGACUGCUGCCAAGACUACACCGGGACGUGUGAUGGGAGUGCGCAACAGAGUUACAAUUCCUCUGGAAUAAACUUGGAAGGAUUUGAGCCGCAGAGUUUCUCUUGCAUUGCACCGACCGAAAACUCAAAGGAGUAUCUUCUAGUAACCAACUGUCCAAAAGACACUACUGACACCCAGACGACUGUUCAAUGUGAGAACCCAGACCAAGAUGACGUUUUUGCUACAAUCCCAUGCUAUGGAACGAACAAUGGCGUCCACUACCGCAAUAUAUAUUGCGGUCUUUGUCACGGGGAAGAACAGACCGAUUUAAUCCCAUGGGAAAUUCUUGUAGACUGUGGGGAUCAGCAAUCAAAAUCCAACAGUGCCGCUGAGCUUCUGCAAAACUCCAUCUCGAACCUCAACCAGGUCGAAAACGAGCUCGGCUGUGACGUCAUCUUCAAAGUUUCCAAAACAGAGGGCAUACUGGUUCCUCCACGAGGUUGUUACCCGGAUGUUAUACGUCACUGUCCAACAGCAGAGGACGCCCUCAGCGACGCGUGUGAGUCGUACACAGCACUCACCACCGUGACGAAUCUUGGUGAACAGCUCUUCCGGAAUCCACACUGCGCUCUUUGUAAUCUUCCCAACGGGCCGGAUCGAGUGGACCUCGCCACGGAUUGCUCCAAAGAUAUUCCUGUUUUCUAUUUAAGAGGAAUAGUACCCAAGAGACCUACUGUGGUACGUCCCGUACCUAGGCCUUUUCCUGGGCCUGACGGUUCUAAAGGGCCACCAGGAGGUGGUUCUGAAGGGCCAUUAGGAGGUGGUUCUGAUAAAAGGCCAGGAAUACCCGGACCACCAGACGUAGCCCCACCACCAAUUUCCAUCAUCUUUAACUUCCGGUCCAGGGGAAGAGUGCAAGUCAGCAGAGACAGCGAGAUUCUGGCUACAACUGAAACAAUCGAAUGCUCAGUGAAUGAAGUGUACAAUCCAUUCCUCUCCAUGUGCCGUAAGCUGUCAUGUUCUGCCGGUUACCUGCUGGACGGGAACCAGUGUGUUCCGGACUUUGGGUCUAUGGGGCAGGCGUGUGGCGACAGAGAAGGUGGCGAUGAUGAUAUUGAGAUUGGAGUGACUGUCACUUUUGGGGACCAAUGUGAGGCAGGUCUUCCUUCUGAGCUGGAUUCCCUUCGAGACGAAGAGGUACGGGAAUGUAUCGCUAGAGAAAUCCCUGAACUUGGUGAAAGACUUGACAUAGUCUCUUCAUCACUACCCUCACCAGCUUGCGCAGGAAUUGCCAAAUUCUCUUUCAUGGCCGCUGGAAGAAACACCACAUUCGGCGCAUUACGUCAUGAGCUUAAAAUAUCUCUGGCUAUUUCGGAGUCUCCAUUGUGUUGGAUGUUUAACGUCAGUGACACGUGGUCUGUCGAAGUGCAUCAGCAAUGUGAACGUCUGCUUGAAGAAAGUUGCAAUGACCGCUGGAUCAAUGAAACUGAGUUUUCCAUCUCUGUUCAAAAUGAUACCACUUUCGUUUACGUCAACGCAUCCAAGUCUUGGUUCCCGUUGAAUCAGACAAUAGUUCGAGCCAACUUCAAAAGGCGGGAGAAUUUGUUUGACCAAUUUACCGACUUACAGAUCUGCGCUGAGAAGACGCUCUCUUGCCCUCUGGAGGUUUUCAACUCUUCGCUUUUCCAAGACGAUGUAGACAAUCCUGGAGCAGUGGUUUACACACCGACUGGAGAUGUGUUUAAUAAGAGUGAGUAUGUACGUCACGGUGAGAUGAUCGGAGUGUGUUCAUUCAAUACGAAUCCUCCAUCCCAGCCUCCACAACAAAAUCCAGGAAAGCUCCCUCAAUGGCAAGUUACAGCCCAGCAAAUACUCAGCCUUGUUGGGAACAUCAUUUCGAUGGUUGCUGCAGCGGCGACAUUUGCUACGUAUUGUCUCUUCAAGGAGCUCCGUAAACGCAUCAGUGUAGCCAUCAUGGGACUGGUAUCCAGUCUCUUCAUGGCGCAGUUAUUGCUCCUUCUAAGUGGCACAGCAACCAGCAAUCCGGCUGCUUGCACCGCUGUGGCAUUCUUAGGUCACUUCUUUUGGUUAUCAGCAGUCCUCUGGACCAGCGUCUUGGCAUUUGACCUGCACCGAACUUUUGCAUACGGGUCAAAAAUCCGUCGCCUGGAUCUUGAGAUGCGGACCUUCCUCCUGGAGGUCCUGUUUACUGUUUGUGUUGCCAUGGUAAUCGUGAUGCCAUGCCUGGUGAUCCAUCUGUGUGACUGCACUGAUAUUCCUCUAUGGUAUGGAGAUGAGAAUGUGUGUUGGAUUGGCGAUGGAUUCACCAACCUGAUAGCCUUCGGGCUUCCAAUUGGCAUCAUUGUACUCGUGAACAUUGUCUUGUUUAGCUUCACCGUGCGUGGGAUCCGCUCUGCGAAGAGACAGACAGAAGGGAUGCUUCGCUCUGACGAAUCGAAGGAGCGAAGAAUGCGGAAUGAGCUCGUCAUUUAUGUCAAGAUCUCCAGCCUGAUGGGUUUUACGUGGAUCUUCGGGUUUGCAGCAGCAUUCAGUGACCUAGCCGCUCUUUGGUACAUCUUCAUCAUUCUCAACUCCUGUCAAGGUCUCCUCAUCUUCCUUUCCUUCAUCUGUAAUAAGAAAGUCUGGUCUCUCUGGAGGAACUACCUCCGGUGCGGUACUAAGGUGAAGAGACCGUCAAAGGACCGCUCCAAUAUGAGUACGGUACCCUCUAGAACCACGCCCGUGAGUAAUACUAACACAAUGUCAUCGUCAAGGGACACGACUCUGUAGCAGUGUUCUAUAAGGCCGUGUGCGAAUUUGCGGCUAGAGCUACGGCUACGGCUAGAUUUCCGUGUCAUCAUGCGUUGAGGUAUAGGACGUCCUUAGCAACACCCUAGGCAACGGUCGAAGCCGUAGCUGAGCCGCCGAUUCGGAUUCGGCCUACUCUCUAAAUGUAACAGAGUGAAAAACACCACUCUUUAAAUUGCUAGUUGUCCCUCAUAAUAGCUCUUUAAAAAGAGUGGUGGUCAUUUCACUCUUUUAGAGGGGUGUCACCCCAGGACAGAGUGAAAAAUCACUCAAAAACGAUGCUGACUUCAAUCUUAAAGAUUGGAAGACCACUCAAAAAAGAGUUGUCCCUCAUAUUGCUCUUCAAAGAGUGCCUUUUCACUCCUUUGCGUUUAGAGAGUACGUUAUGAUUCCCUUGCAUACGACGUCAUAGGCCCAAACAGCGCCCACCACUGAGGUCAAAUAAAACCUUUCAUCUGCUGAGAGUUGUUGGAGCGUGUACAAUCUUACGUCGUUUGUUUUUUGAUGAUCUUCUCGUCGAGGGAACUCGGCAAACUCCAAAGCUGGCAAUAGCCAAUCCUUCUCUCAUUUAAACAUGAUUAAGAAUUGCACAAAUCAACAUUUUGUGCGUGUUUGAUCUCAGUGGUGGCAUACAAUGCAAGUGGUCUAUAAUCAGUAUAACUGUUAAAAACAUAACGUCAUUUUCUACUUUUGAAGUUUCUUUUCCAACCAUAUUUAUUCCAUACCAACUUAAAGCUUUGUUGUAGCCCAAUGCGCCAACCAGAAGGCAAAAUCACGUGCUGCAUUAGAAUUAAGUGUAAUAUCUAUACAAUUUCGUAGUCGCACCCGAGCCCAAAUUCAUAAAGCUGGUAAGCAGAAAACUUUGCUAGCAUUUUUUGUUUCUGCGAAGUAAAAUUAACUGGAAAUCCUAGAGUAAACAAUGUACAUAAUGGUAUUUUGGCAGGUGACCGGGGCCAAAUUUCAUAGAGCUGCUUAUAAGCAGACAAAGAUGCUAAGCACAACAUGCUUACCAGAUUAGGUUACCAGCCAAACUACCGUUUCACACAUGUACCAAUUGUGGCUUGUAUCUGGCACAUUUUUGCAGAUAAGUCUUGCAGAAAUUUGUUCAGCAAUAGUUUCUGCUAAGCAAGAUUGUUCUGUGCUCAGCCACUUUUUGUGAUUAACAGCUUAAAGACAGUGGACACUAUUUGUAAUUGUCAAAGACCUGUCUUCUCACUUGGUGUAUCUCAACAUAUGCA